UAUUGUUUUUUUUCCCUUUCUUUCAUCUAGAUAAAGAAGAGGCAACAAGAUGUGGUGAGGUUUCUGGAAGCCAAUCGCAUAGAGUUUGAAGAAGUGGAUAUCACAAUGUCGGAGGAGAAAAGGCAAUGGAUGUAUAAAAAUAUUCCUGAGGACAGGCAGCCCGCGCAAGGCAAUCCACUGCCACCACAGAUAUUCAGUGAUGAUCGGUACUGUGGAGAUUAUGAUGGCUUUUUUGAAUCAAAGGAGAGCAACACUGUCUUCUCCUUUCUUGGACUGAAACCUACUUUGGCAUCAAAGGAGUCAGAACCCUAGAAAGUCUAUCUGAAGUAUCCACAAGCACAUCUCCUGGAUGAGUGACCCUAUUCUUCAGCACACAACAGCUUCCCUAAUGGAUCACUGUGACAGAGCAAACAUGCAUCACUAGUAGUAGUCUGCUUGCCAUGAGACAGUGCUCUCCAAUAAUAUGGAGUUAAUAACACAUAUAUGAAACAGGAUUAAGGACGGGCUACUCAUCUUCCUUUUUAAAAAUACUCAUUGUUGAUGUUUCACUUUUGUCUUUGGAUUGCUUUUGCAACUGUCACUGAUAUUCUAACAGACACGGAUGUUUGAGACGAGGGAGUGGAAGUGAAGGGCUUCUAUUGUU